CAAAUACAUAUAUGUUGAGAAUCUUCUAUUAAUAUGUAUAGUGUCUCCAGCUUGUUUGUUUCUCUUCUCUUUCUGGGUAUUGCUGUUCUUUUCUUCUUCUACACAACUCCAUCUCCAUCUCUACAGAAAAUGGCAGAAGAUAUGCCCAAGUCCAUCUAUGAUUUUACUGUCAAGGAUAUUCGCGGGAAUGAUGUGAGCUUGAGUAGUUAUAGUGGGAAGGUUCUUCUCAUAGUCAAUGUUGCUUCCAAAUGUGGGCUAACACAUUCAAACUACAAAGAACUGAAUAUUUUGUAUGAAAAUUACAAAAAUAAAGGAUUCGAGAUACUGGCAUUUCCUUGCAACCAAUUCCUUAGCCAAGAGCCAGGAAGUAAUGAGGAGAUUCAGGAAACUGCCUGCACAAUGUUCAAAGCCGAAUUCCCUAUCUUCGAUAAGGUUGAAGUGAAUGGAAAGAAUACUGCACCCUUCUACAACUUCUUAAAAGCUCAGAAAGGAGGGUUAUUUGGGGAUGGCAUCAAAUGGAAUUUCACAAAGUUUCUGGUGGACAAAGAUGGAAAUGUUGUUGAGAGAUACGCCCCCACCACGUCCCCUUUGAAAAUUGAGAAAGACAUUAAAAAACUGCUGGGAGUUUCCUGAAUUCGCAGCUCGCAUAGGAGCUUCACGUCAACGCUCUGAAUAAAGUGAGAAUGUGCAAGUAGAAAUAAAGAGAUGCCUAUGCAUGGAUCCGUUUUCAUGGUUGGAACUUCUGUAGCUUUUAGUAUAUAACUUGUGUAGCUUGUGUACUGUUUGAGAGAAUUUUCAUCACAUGUUAAAAUGCAUUGGUAAAUUAGUAGAAAAUGGUAUAUGUGUAUUCUAUAGUUGAUUACCGAAAUGUUUGUUUUGCUUGUAUGGAUAGGAAGAAUCCAAAACGUGGAUAUGGAAAACUUAGGUGGAAUCCUAUGGGUAACGAAAAUUGAGGAUAUGAAUACAAUAUACAUUGUUUGA